CUGCCAAAGCGCUGAGUCUCGCCUAUAAAUCGGGAGCAAGAGGGACUUUUCCUGCAGAGACGGAGCACAGGCUGCCAAGGCUGGGAGGUUAAGCCCCAUUCGCAGCCCCGGUGCCCAGCGGAGACAGCAAGAAUGAGAGUGGCAGUGGUGGGUGCAGGUGUCAGUGGGCUGACGGCCACCAAGUGCUGCCUGGAUGAAGGGCUGGAGCCCACCUGUUUCGAGCAGAGCCAGGACGUCGGGGGGCUCUGGCGCUACACGGAGCACAUCGAGGCUGGUCGGCCAAGCCUCUACCCAUCAGUCAUCAGCAACACCUCGAAGGAGAUGUCAGCAUUCUCUGACUUUCCCUACCCUGAGGACUUCCCGGUGUUCCUGCCCAAUGCCCAGUUCCUGAACUACCUCCAGCGCUAUGCCGACCACUUCAGCCUCCGGAAGCACAUCAAGUUUGGGACCACUGUUGUCAGCAUCCGUAAACACCCUGACUUUGCCACCACGGGCCAGUGGGACGUAGUCACGGAGGUGGAGGGGAAGCAGACAUUUCAUGUCUUUGAUGCUGUUAUGGUUUGCAGUGGCAAUUUCUCUGAGCCAUACCUCCCCCUGCACUGUUUUCCCGGCAUUGAGAGGUUUCAAGGCCAGUACUUUCACAGCCGACAGUACAAGCAUCCUGACAUAUUUCAGGGGAAGCGCGUCCUUGUGGUUGGCAUGGGCAAUUCAGGAGUGGACAUUGCGGUGGAGGCCAGCCGUGUCGCUGCAAAGGUGACUGUUAGCACCAGCCGAGGUGCCUGGGUUUUCAGUCGUGUGUUUGACCAUGGCUACCCAUGGGACAUGGUUUUCAACACUCGCCUUAUGAGCCUGAUAAGAAACAGUCUCCCCAGACCCCUUUCAUGGUGGUUGAUUAACUACAGGGUGAACCAGUGGUUCAAUCACAAAAACUAUGGCCUUGAACCAGAGCAAAGUUGCCUUGUGCGCGAGCCUGUGCUGAAUGAUGACCUGCCAAGCUACAUCUUGACAGGGAGGAUCACCAUCAAGCCAGGCGUGAAGGAAUUCAAGGACAACUCGGUUGUUUUCCACAACUGCCCGGAGGAGGAGCCCAUUGACAUUGUUGUCUUCUGCACAGGCUACAAUGUCUCCUUCCCAUUUCUAGAAGAAGCAAUCAUCAAGGUGGAAAACAAACAUGCAUCCCUCUACAAAUAUGUGUUCCCAACCCAUCUGCAGAGGCCCACCCUGGCUAUCCUUGGGCUGAUCAAGACAUUAGGAGCCAUGAUGCCUGUGACAGAGGUGCAAGCACGCUGGGUGACCCGUGUCUUCAAAGGCUUGUGUCGGUUGCCUCCUCAGUCUCUCAUGGAGAAGGAAGUAAACGAGAAGAAGAAAAACCAAGUGCGAAGGUUCGGUCUGUCCUUUGAUGAAGUCCUCAAAACUGAGUGGCUGGUCUACAUGGAUGAGCUGGCCUCCUUCAUCGGUGCCAAGCCCAGCGUGCUGGGACUGCUCUGCAGAGACCCCCAGCUGGCCCUCACUAUUUUCUUUGGCCCCUGUACCCCCUACCAGUACCGUCUGGAGGGCCCUGGGCGCUGGGAGGGGGCACGCCAGGCCAUCCUCACGCAGUGGGACCGAACCCUGAAGCCCACGAGAACGCGAGUCUCCACCAGCUCCUACAGCCUCUGUCCUUCUCUCUUGACUGUGGUGGGGGUUCUCCUGCUCCUGGCUGCCCUGUUUUUUGGUUUCCAGUAGAUUUUAGAGUCUGUUUAGGUUUUGUUCUUGUCCUUGGGGAUGUUAUCUCAGGUCAGACAGUUCCACAAGGUGUCAUGGGACAGGAAGAAAGGGAUUUCAUCAGAUUACAACCAAUUUAAAACUUUAACCACCAGCACAAACCUCUCUCUGCUCCUGCUCACUCUCAAGCACAGCUUUGCAGAUCUGAUUAGCGGGGGAUGGCAGCCCUGCCCCCCCCCUCCCCCCCCCAAGCAUUUAUUAUCUCUCCGCUGCUCUCCUGCCUGCUGCCAUGAACAGAGCAUGGCUGUGUGACAUGGCCAUGCCUGGACCACUCUGGCCAGGAUGCAAUGAGGACAAGACUAGCAAAAAUGGCUUUGGGUGUCACAGAGGGAGAGGAGAACAGGUGCCCAGCCCUACCCUAAACCACCUGGGAAUUGGGGUCCUUAGUCCAGCAAGGGGUUAUGUGAACUGGGUAUGCAGGUCAGGCUGUCCCUUCUUCCAACCUUAAACCCUAUGACCCAAAAAUCCCAGUGCAUCUUUCCAGCACAAGGGCCCUGACUGCGGUGGUUUUCAACUCUGAGACCAGGGCUGGUACCCUGCAGGGCUGAGCACUCCCAACACUGCUUCCCUGCACUCCCCACCCCCUGGGAUUUUGUUGUGUGCAUGGAGAGACUUUCAUUCAAUAAAACCUCAUUGGCUGUGGCAAGAGUGUGCUGCAGGCUGCUGCCUUGUUGUCUCCCUGUGUGCAUAGGAAGA